GGUCCACAAGGCUGUUUAAAUGUCUAACUUCUGAAAUAUGUCUCAGAUCUCCUCAAACAUCUUAUUUGAGUCAUCAACGAGGUUCUGAGGUGAAGCUUCCCAAGGGUCUAAAUGCAGGCCAAACAGUGUCCCCACUCCCCGGAUUUAAUUAAUAUGCAGGCUGUGCUCAUGGGAACAACGAGGACCAGUUCGGUGUGGGCUGCGGAGUGUCACUCGGUGACCAGGAGAGGGCAUCUCAAGUCCUGAUAACUGAGUACCAACCAGCAGCAUCCGUCCUCCUAUUCCACGCGCAGGAGCAUCAUUCCUGUUGCUAUAUAACUGAUUUAUUCUCGGUGUCACGGCCAACGCGUCUAAUCCACGGCCGCCUGCGCCUCCCUCUCUCCCCCUCACGCCUGAGGCAGGAUACCGCAACUUGUCGUCUUCGGACCGCAGUUCAGUUCCUCUCACGUUGCUCCGCUCUCUCUCUCUCUCUCUCUCUCUCGCUGUCUUUUCCGCAACUUAGAAUCAACAAUUGGUGACUCCGUGAUUGGAGAGCAUCUCCCAGUCCUCCCACAACCUGCGCUGAAGAGUGUCAUUGCCAUGGCUCCGCAAGCGUGAGCGCGUCCUCCCUUCCAUCCUUCGCCAGGCGCCAGGCAGAAACAUGCAGGACCGAGCUGAUGCCGUGCGGUAAACUAGGGACAGGGGUUGGUGAACACCUUGAGGGAGCCGCUGUCCUCUCCCGACAGGUGUGCGGCUGUGGUCGCGGCGGGUCCGACUUCGGCGCAAAGUGUGUGCGCCCUCCGCGCUUGAAUGUGCAACUAUUUGGGCAAAACGCCUGGCGCGCCUAACAUGUGGACCCGGAACGCCUCCAAAAGACUUCCAUGAGCAUGAGGAAAAGCAGACGUCGUGCAAGUAUGGGUCUCUCUGUGCUUUUCAGAUGGCUUAUAUUCACAGUGGUGAUACCCACCUGGCUGCUUGCAGCUCCAAGCGGCAUCCGGGAGCGCCGCUGCCCCUCGAGCUGUAGAUGUGAUGGGAAAAUAAUAUACUGUGAAUCCAAUGCCUUCCGUGACGUGCCAAACAACGUGUCUGUGAGCACGCAGGGCCUCUCCCUCCGCUACAACAGCCUGGUGAACCUCAGAGCCCGCCAGUUCGCAGGCCUCAGUCAGCUGGUUUGGCUCUACCUCGACCACAAUUACAUCAACGCCGUGGACGGACAGGCGUUCCACGGCAUCCGGAGGCUCAAGGAGCUGAUUCUCAGCUCGAACAAGAUCACACAGCUGAAAAACAACACGUUCCACGAUGUCCCAAAUCUCAGGAACCUCGACUUGUCCUACAACAAACUGCAGGUUCUGAAACCCAACCAGUUCUUGGGUCUGCGAAAGCUGCUCAGCUUGCAUUUGAGGUCAAACUCCCUUAAAACAAUCCCCAUGCGGGUUUUCCUCGACUGUCGCAACUUGGAGUUUCUCGACAUUGGCUACAACAGGCUCAGGAGCCUGACGCGUAAUGCUUUUGCAGGACUCCUGAAGCUCAUUGAGCUCCAUUUGGAACACAAUCAAUUUUCAAAGAUCAAUUUUGCUCAUUUCCCCCGCCUGACUAACCUGAGGGCCCUCUACCUGCAGUGGAACCGUAUCAGACUGCUAACCCAGGGCCUGCCGUGGAUGUGGACUUCCUUGCAAAAGCUGGACCUCUCAGGAAAUGAGCUGGAAGCGCUGGAAGCCAGCACGUUUCAGUGCCUGCCUAACCUUCAGACUCUGAAUCUGGACUCCAACAAGCUCAGCAAUGUAUCCCAGCAGACGGCGGAGACUUGGAUCUCCUUAACCGCCAUCAGUCUGGCUGGGAACUUGUGGCAUUGUAACCCCAACAUAUGCCCACUGGUGUCCUGGCUCAAAGCCUUCAAGGGCAACAAGGAGACUACUAUGAUUUGUGCUAGUCCUAAGGAGGCCCAAGGAGAGAAAGUGACAGAUGUGGUGGAGACUUAUAACAUCUGUACAGCAACGCCGACCCCAAUCCCCUCAACGACUUUGCCUCCCACCUCCCCUUUCCAGCCUGAAUUCCUGCCUCUUCCCACACAGCUGGUGGUGGAUAAAAAGCUGACCUGGAACAGGACAUCCUCGCCAGCUCCUUCCGAGGCCUCCCCCACUGUACCCGUGCCCGACACCGACUAUGUGUCCUUCCACAAGAUCAUAGCUGGCAGCGUGGCACUUUUCUUAUCUGUGGCUAUAAUUCUGCUGGUUAUCUAUGUGUCAUGGAAGCACUAUCCCAGCAGUCUCAAACAGCUCCAGCAGCGCUCGGCAGUCAAGAAGCGCCAGAAACAGGCACGGCAGACCGAGCGCUCAUUUAAUUCCCCUCUGCAAGAGUACUAUGUGGACUACAAGCCCUCCCACUCAGAGACUAUGGAUAUGCUGGUUAAUGGGACGGGACCUUACACGUACACCAUCUCAGGCUCCAGGGAAUGCGAGAUACCACGGCAGCUGAAUCCCCUGGCUCUGUACAGGUGUGAGCAGUCAGUGCUGGAUCAGUGCCAUGCCCACCUGUCGCUGCACCACAACGUGGGCAUGGAGCCCUCCACUCAGGGGCUGGGAGGUUCGGGACCAGCCUUGUACCACCCGGGCCUAAUGGCUGCCCUCCCCUCCGAGCCUGUGCUGCCUUGCCCCCAGACUCACUCCCACCACCGGUGAGCUGUGUACACCGAGAGAGCCUCUGAACUCCUGUAUUUGUGCAACACAGAGUCAGCGAACUGCUCAAAGGAUAUAAAAGGUUGUGUGGGAGGAAACUGGGACUGGUAACGAAGCAAAGGAGACAGCUAAUCUACCGCAGAGCAUCCAGGAUCCAGGGUAAUAAAAAUAAAACUAUUUUUUUCAGCAGGAAUAAAGGGGUGCAGCAGUAUCGAUCGGCGAGAACCUGACCUACAUAGCCCCACGUGUCCUCAAUUAGCAAAGAAGGCUGAUGGGUCACAUGACUCCCCACGUCCUACGUCCCUGCCAGGAGUAAUAAGGACAGCAUUUUAAUGAUUUGGUAAUCUUAUUAAACACAUUUCUUCGAUUUCUCAUAAUCUGGCCAGCUUUCUGCUGUGCAAGUAAGCAAAUGAUUAAUGUUAUAAGCGAAGUUGGGUAGCAGAACAAAUGAAACAGUGGCCAAGCUUCAAGGUUUUUCUGCUGCUUCUCCUGAUCUAAAGCCUCUCUCCCUCUCUCCCUCUCUCUCUCUCUCUGACUGACAGCAUUUUUUGUAUUUUUUUUUUUUAAUUUUAAAACAAUGACAUCAACAAAAACAAGUCUGAAUAUAGCAGACAGUAAUUGCCAUAUAAAAUGUACAGCCUCCAUAGAUUUGUUGGCACUAAGUCCAAUUUUUAUGGUGUCUUAUGAUGUGUGAUGUUGAUCCCAUUCAGAUUAGUUUAUCACAGCGGAGAGAACCAUCCACCAGGAAGCUGCACUGCGACACGUAGAUAUUUACUUUUCAUCCCUCAUUUAAAUCACUCUUGUGGUUAAUGGUUUUUGAUUUCAUGAUGCAUUAUUAAACCAAUUAUCUGACUGUGCGCUCAUAAAGCUACAUGUGUGCUUUUUACAAGAUGUUGCAAUAUAAUAUGUGGUAAAUUAAGCUGUGGUAAAUGAUCGGUAACAGUGUCGUUCAUCAAGAUCAGUGGCUUCGACCCAAACAACUGUCUGCUGUAUUUAGACAACUGCGGAGGUGGAUGAAACAAAAGGAGCGCCGCGCUGGAGGCAAGACUGUUUAACUACAAUAUGUCUUGUUUUUGCAUUAGUGACUGACCCCCAAUGGUAACUCUUACUUGCUUUUCUUCUCCUCCUGUGACUGUGUGACCGUUUUCUGAUGUAAUAAAGUAAACUGGACUCUC